AUGAUUUCGCUCCUGGCGGGCAAGCCCAAUCCCGACACGUUUCCAUUUGAGCAGAUCGACAUCAAAUUGAAGCCUCAGCCUGGUCAGAAAGAAUCCCAAGUCCUCACGCUAUCUGGGAAAGACCUCGACGAGGGUUUGCAAUACGGGCCGACAAAGGGACUCACCCGGCUCGUCAAAUGGUUCGAAGGCUUCCUUGCGCACGUGCACGAUGUACCGCUGCCUCAGGAGGGCGAUUGGGCCUUCAGCAUGGGCUCGGGUAGCCAGGACGUCCUCAUCAAAGCCAUGGGCGCCGUCAUCAAUCCCGGCGAUACCGUCCUCGUCGAAGCUCCGACGUACCCAGGCGGUCUGAAUUACCUCUGGCACGAACGAUGUAACCUCGUCGAGUGCGUCGUCGACGGUCAUGGUCUCGUGCCAGACAAUUUAGAAUCGGUGCUGGACAGCUUUGCGCGCGAUCAGCCCAACGCGCCAAAACCAAAGGUACUCUACACUAUACCCACAGGCAGCAAUCCGGCAGGCUCGACACUAUCAGAAGAUCGCAAAGUGGCCAUCCUCAAGAUCGCAAAGAAGCACGAUCUGCUCAUCCUCGAAGACGAUCCAUACUACUUUCUCUACUUUGGGCCCAAACCGCAACCUAGAAGCUUUUUCUCUCUCGAGCAAUCUGUCAAUGGCGAGACCGGACGUGUACUACGUUUCGAUAGCGUUUCCAAGAUCUUGUCGUCUGGUAUCCGAUUGGGGUCUGUCUGUGGACACAAGAGCAUCAUAGAGAGGAUAGAACUCCAAACUGCAAAUACAAAUCUACAGGUACCAUCCUUGACCCAAGCAAUAGCAUUGCAGCUCGUCGAAAGAUGGCAACAUCAGGGCUUCAUUGAGCACUGCACCCGCGUUGCAGAGUUUUACAAACAAAAGCGUGACGUCUUUGACAAGCUAGCGCGUAAGCAUCUCGAAGGUGUCGCACAAUGGGACACGCCCGAAGCCGGCCUCUUCCUCUGGAUCAAACUACUUCUGAACCGCGAUGGAUCAGACGGAGAUAGUGAAAGCCUCAUCAGAGAGAAAGCAGUCGAGAAGGGUGUCCUCUGCGUGCCAGGCGUAGGCUUUAUGGGUCUCAGCGGCAAGACGGCUUAUGUACGCGUCAGCUUCAGUCUCUCUACCGAAGCAGAAGCAGACGAAGCCUUUCGCCGGUUGAGAUCCGUCAUCGACGAAGCUCGAAGCGAGCAAGGAUGA